AUGGAAUACGCAGCUGGAGGUAUCUGUGCAGCUCUUUUUUUAAAGCUCAGAAUGGGACGACCGCAUUACCCGGAAAGGAAAGGUGAAUAUUCCGUUCGAUCGAAAGCAUCGAACGGGUUAGCCGUUUGGUCCAACGCCGAUCGACCGAGCGACUUUUCAACCACCCCGUUUCCCGGUUGUGAAACCGUUUUGGAUGUUUUCAACUACGCCGUCAGAGUGAACGGGUCGAGACCGGCAGUUGGCGAACGAAAAAUCAUCAACACGGAAACCGAUGCCAAAGGUUUUGAAAAAUUGCACUUGAGCGAUAAAUACGACUGGUUGACGUUUGCGCAGUUGAACGAAAAAGUUGCCAACGUCUCCUCGGGUUUAAUCAACACGUGUGGGUUGAAACCGAAAGAUAAGGUGAUCAUCUACGCGGACACAAAGGCGGAUUGGAUGAUCACCGCGCAGGCGUGCUUUCGCACGAACGCUUCUGUUGUGACUAUUUACGCCACGUUAGGCGCGGAAGGCGUCGAACAUGGUAUCAACGAAACUUCGGCUUCAAUCAUCGUGUGCGACGGGAAGUUAUUAAAAACUGUUCAAGCCGUCGCAUCGAAGUGUCCGUCCAUUAAGCACAUCGUGUGCAUCGGUACGGAUCAGCAGGAACAUAUCUCGUCCUCAAAGUUGCCGAAAUCCAUCAAGGCGCACGCCUUGUCGGACAUCCAAGACUCAGGGUCCAAGAAGAGAUGCGACCCGGUUCCCCCUAAAUCGACAGACACGGCCGUCAUCAUGUACACGUCGGGUACGACAGGAGCACCAAAAGGUGUCGUCUUGGCGCACUCGAACGUGUUGGCCUCCAUGGCUGGUUUGAACGAUUCCGCGGAUUUGACAAACCAAGACGUCUACUUGGCGUACUUGCCCUUGGCACACAUCAUGGAAAUGGCGGCUGAAUGCCUCAUGAUGGCCCUUGGUGCUGCUAUUGGUUAUGGGUCGCCACAGACACUAACCGAUACGGGUUUGAAACUCGCUCCCGGCUCCCGAGGUGACGCGCCGACUUUACAACCAACCUUUAUGGUUUUUGCGCCGGCUGUUUUGGACAGAGUGCGCCAAGCGGUUCAAGCCAAAUUUGCCGCGGCGAGUCCAUUACUUAAGAAACUUGUCGGUGCCGGGUUAGCCGCUGGAGAAAGAGAGUUUCACGCCGGAAGAAUUGGAUCCACGGCGUUCUUCAACGCUUUGAUUUUCAAAAAGGUACAAAAACUGAUUGGCGGAAAAGUCCGUCAAAUGGUUUCCGGAUCCGCUCCUUUAUCCCGCGAGACGCACAUUUUCAUGCAAACGUGCUUCCGUUGCCCAGUACUUCAAGGUUAUGGUUUGACCGAAACCGCAUCGUGUGGCACCAUUUGCACGCCAGGUGAUUUUUCCGCGUCAGUCGGUGGUGUUUUAACUUCCACGAAGAUCAUCUUGAAGGACUGGGAGGAAGGAAACUACUCGACCAAAGAUGAGAACGAUGCCAGCAUUGGUUUACCAAGAGGCGAGAUUCUCAUCGGUGGCCCGGUUGUCUGCCAGGGCUACUACGUGCCGAGCGAUAAGCCAAACGCAGAGUUGCAGAAGAAGAACGAAACAGAGUUUUCGCUCAUCGACGGUGUUCGAUAUUUCCACACAGGAGAUAUCGGUCAGUUCACGAAGAAAGGUCAGUUGCAAAUCAUCGAUCGCAAGAAAGAUUUGGUGAAGUUACAAUUCGGCGAGUACGUCGCGCUCAGUAAAGUUGAAAACGUAUUGAAGCAGUGCCCUUACGUCGCUUCUGCGAUGUGCUACGCGUUAUCGAGCAAGUCGCACGUGAUUGCUUUGGUGGUUGUGAAUGAAGCUCCAGUGAAGAAGUUUGCGGAGAGCAACGGAAUUUCCGGCUCUAUCGAUUCGAUGAUCAAAGAUCCAAAGGUCGUCGCCGAAGUUACGUCUGCGGUACAAGCCGUGUGCAAGGGGAAGUUGGCCAAGUUUGAAAUCCCAUCGAAGCUCGCGCUCGAUGCGGAACCGUGGACUCCGGACAAUGACAUGGUCACCGCGGCGUUCAAGUUGAAGCGUCAAAAUCUCGUGAAGAAGUACAAGAAGGCCCUUGAUGCUGCGUAUGCGUAA